AUGGGGUUCCUGGCGAAGCUGCUGGCGCCGCACGUCGUCGGCCCGUCCGAGCCCGCCUCACCAGCACCCGCCGCCUCCUCCUCACCAGCAUCCGUCCCGGCACCCCCCCAACCACUUCCAUACACGGCCCCCGCCAUCGACACCAGCCGGACGGCGCACCUCACGCCUCUGCAGCGACAGGCGAAGCAGCUCAGCCUGCUGGUGCUGGGGGCGGGCUUCAUGGCGGCCUCUGUGGCGGUGACGCGGCGGGCCGUCGUGCGGCGGCAGCUCGAGGCGGUGCCGCGCUUCUUCCACUCGUCGUACGUGGCGGCGGGCUCCGUGGACAGCGCGGCGCGCUCCUCGCUCGCCGCGCAGGCGCUCGGGCUCGCCACGCUCAACGUCGCCGCGUUUGGCGUCCUGCUCGUCGCCGGCACCGCCUGGUCCUUUGACCUGUGCUCCGUCGCUGAGCUGCAGGCGCGCACGCAAAUGGUGGUGCAGAGGCGCGGCGCCGGCGGCGUUUUGGCGCCCGAGGAGGAGCGCGAGGUCGACAACAUGGUGGCUAGCUUCAUGGAGAGGCUGGGCAUGGAUGUCGAGGAGCUGAGGGAAAAGGAUCGCCGCGCGGCUGAGGGCGUCGAGGAAAACGCACAAGGUGUAGAGGACAGAGGAACGGGAUAG